UUAACAUAACAUUUAACAUUAAACGUAAGUGUUGAUGGUACCAAGAGACUAGGCAAAACACUCCAUAGCAUAAAGGAUCAUUCGCAUAGAUAAUCGGGAGAAAAACAAUUCGUACGUCAAGCCCAAAAAGAUAUGAAGUCAAAUAGACCGAAGGAAGUUGUUGAUUUAGAGCCAGACGAUUCGCAUAAAGGUGUCCGUCUUAAGCGAAAGAUAUCGUUGAUGCAUGCAUGUGGCAUAAUAAUCGGAACGGUUAUUGGAUCAGGUAUCUUCAUUAGCCCAAAAGGGGUCGUGCUCCAUUCUGGUUCAUAUGGGGCCGCUAUUUUAGUAUGGGUUUUUGGUGGCAUCGUCAACACAUGCGCAGCAUUCAUAUUCCUGGAAUUAGCACUAAUAACUCCCGAGGCAGGAGGUAUAUACGCAUAUUGCCGUUCUGCUUUCGGACCAUGGGCAAGUUUCAUGGUAUUUUGGGCCGACUUCGUAAGAGGUCCUCUUGGCGCAUGCGUGUUGGCAAGAGUGAGCGCCAUAUAUGUUAUGGAGAUGAUCAACUUUGAGUGUGCCACGCCGAAUAUCAUUGUAACUCUAUUGGCACUUUGGUUCUUAAUAUCGGUGCAUCUGUUUAACGCUUACAGUGUGUCUUUGGCAGCAGGCGUCAAUACUGCAUUCACGUUUAUCAAGACAGGCGCUUUGGUACUUAUUAUUGCUCUUGGACUGAGGGAGAUUGGUUUAGGAAAUUCUAAAAAUUUGGAAUCGAAUGUUUUCUUCUCUGGAAGCAGUACAAAUCCUGCAGAAUACGCACUGGCUAUCUAUUCGGGAUUCUUUGCGUAUGGUGGCCAUGAAAACCUUGGUAUUCUUGUUGAGGAAAUAAAGAAUCCAUUGAGAAACCUACCAAGGGCAGUGAUGAUCUCGAUGACCGUUGUCACAAUCGUAUAUGUACUGACAAACUUGGCUUAUUUCACUGUCAUGACACCAACUGAGCUUUUAUCCUCCCCAGCCGUGGCACUGUCAUUCGCCAAGGGAACUGUACCUAUGUUAGUUCCCGUCAUAUCUCUGGCCGUGGCCUGUUCGACAUUUGGCUCAAACACUGCAAGCAUCCUGACCAAGUCGAGGGUUACAUUCAGAGUCGCCAGAGAGAAAGAAUUCCCUGCAAUUUUCAACAUGAUAAACAUGCACUACAUCACGCCUAUGCCAGCUGUAAUUGUGCAAUGUAUAAUGGUAUUAUUCUUCGUUUGGCUGACAGAUAUUGGACAAUUGAUUACAUACACAAGUCUUGUAUCACGAUUGAACUAUCUACUCGCAUUUGUUGCCUUUUUCUGGUUACGCUACAAGAAGCCACAUUUGUAUCGUCCAAUUAGGAUGAACAUUGUUCUAGCUGCUUUCACGACUUUGAUUUUACUGGGUCUGACUGGUUUAGCGGUAUAUGGAGAUCCCAUUCCAGCGCUUGGUGGCAUUGGCGUGUUUUUCUCAGGGAUACCAUUUUACUUCUUUUGGCGGUUUAUACGUAACAGAGACCUUGGGAGGUUCAGCCAAGCCCUGGAUAACAUCACAAUUUUUCUACAACUAUUUCUUCAAGUUGUCCCUGAGGAAAUAAUUGAAAAGGAAGUGAAAUAGUAGGAUACCAGAAGAGGAAACAACAUUCACGACGAUCAAAAAUCAUUAAUACUCUACCUUUAGUAGUCCAUACGUGCACUCCACGUACAGGGUGUCCCAUAAGUGAUGAUAAUUAUGCUCUAAAAAAUCAUUUGAUAAGAAAACAAUAUGAAAUUCACUCAAAAUAAAGAUCCAGAUGACAGCGUCAUUUUGCUAUAUUGCAUUUAUUACUUAACAAAAAAAUAUAUUCAGUUAUCAUGGCAACCUGUUUGUGUG